AUGGAGGUCCUGAAGACCCAGAGGAAUCUUCCAAAGGUCCAGCUUUUCCUUCUCAUCGGCGACACGCCCCUACAGCGUCCGCUUUGCAUUCGCAAGUGUUCCGAGCAGCCAUUUGGAAGGGUGUUCCCAAAUGUGUGGUGCAGGCCAUGGAGGCAUAUCCGGACCUUCGUGCUGAGGUUGACUGGUGGUAAACAUCAUUUGAGGAGACAUGCUAAAGAAAAAGAGUCUAAGAUUGACAAACAAAACUACAGAAACAGAACUUGCCAUGUUGCAGUUGCAAAAUCUAAAAAGCAGUCGAGGUGCGCCCCUGGUGGCCGUAAUGUGUGCUUCAAUUGUGGACAGGCUGGUCAUUGGGCCCGCAAAUGCAGACAGCGACCUCAAGCGUCUGGAUGGUGCACGCGGCUACAAUUGAGGAGGUUACAAUCAACCCCAAGAGAACCAAACCAACAGUCACAGACUCUUUUACAUUCUUUUGUGUUUGCACCUAACUGUCCAGUCAAUCUUUUGGGCAGACAUUUCUUCAUCGCCACAUGCCCUCUCGUCAAAUGCAGCCUUGAUGGACUCAUCCUGGAAUUUCCGGAUGGUAACACCUACUGCUGCUCAGCUCCCUCUGCCUCUGGUGCCACCUCCCAGUUCCCGCUUGUUGAACAUUGCCCUGUGGCAUGCCCCACUGCCGACAUCUACUGGGCAAGAGUGGAUAUUGACUCCAGUGGUUGGCUCGAAGCUGAACACUUUUGGACUCUCUGGUCACCUUGGGUUCGCAACCUCAGAUCUUAUGAUAAGGAGGUGACCGUAGAAACAGUUAACUUGUGGCAGGAUAAAUCAAGUCCAGAAGAAAAGAGUGUGUGGAAGUCGAAAGGGGGUGUCAAAGCUGAGGAUGGCAUAUGGCGAAAAGAGGGUGUGGAUGAAACACUGAGACGACUUCACAGCUUUCCUUUCAUGAGACAAAUUGUUAAAAGUGAACUGCAGGACUGCAGCGUUUGCAGUAGGUAUAACAGUAAGCCUACAACGAAAUCACCACAGGGAGUCCACGAUCUGGACGUGGCGCCCCUGGUCAGGUCACGGAGCGGACGGCCACAGCAGUACAUCCUGCAGGGACACGUGGUUCUACAUCUCGUCUGCAUGGCCUGCCACCCGCCUCAGGUUCAGCGAUCCCUUCACCUGACGACAACUGGAAAACCAUAUCUUCUACAGUGCCGGCUGGCACCCGUUAAUGACAUCAUUCGACAACGAAGCUGACUGCGCACCAGCUCAACUCAUCCCAGAGGAAAAGGCCCCAUGGCCAAUGCACCACCCACUCCGGACGAUGACGACGUUGGCACCUUUCUUUAAUUUUGUUAAUUUCAAGUGUCGGAGUCCAAAACGGGGAUUGAAGUAUGUUUUAUGCCCAUAUUUAGUCAUGACGCCAUAAUUUCCUCAUGUCCUCAGCUCAACCCAGAUGUGUCCUUGAGCACAUCUCUGCACGUAGGUUAACCUUGAUGAACUGCAUACUGGACACUUUGUAAUCAUCCAUUGCCAGCUAGAACCGGUUGAGACAGUAACCCUUUUCUAAGUGGAAAGCCCCGAUCUCACGCCACAGGUUUGAUACCACCCAUAGACCGCCUUUCUGACAAGAUAAAGGAUGUGUGUUUUCUCUGUAUCUUCGCACUUCUGAUCUGCUCUCUACAGCCAUUGUCUGUAACUCAUAAGUGCCCAGAAUAUACUGUAAGUAAAUUAUUUGAAGAAACUGUU